ACUCACAACACCAUUUGACGCAGCUACAUUAAUAUAUAAAAACCAGUAAAUGAUAUUUCGGUCGUCAUUAAGUUCUGUGAGUCUUUCCAAAGAAGUCGCAUUUAUUUUCUACUCGUACUGUUCAAAUUGGUGAAUCGUGAAAAUGUCACAACCAUCCGCAAAUCCAACAUACAAAUUGACCUACUUCAAUGUCAAGGCUUUGGCUGAGCCAAUCCGCGUUCUAUUCGCCUAUGGUGGUAUUGAUUACGAAGACGUCCGUUUCCAGCGCGAAGAAUGGCCAGCCAUCAAGCCAACGAUGCCAAUGGGUCAAGCUCCCGUAUUAGAUGUUGAUGGUAUACGUGUCCACCAAAGUGUUUCAAUCGCUCGUUAUAUUGCAAAGAAGGUCGGAUUAUCAGGUGCAAACGAUUGGGAAAGUCUUCUCAUCGAUGUUGCUGUCGAUACAGUCAACGAUUUACGACAGAAAAUUUCUAUUGCUCAAUAUGAACCAGAUGAAGCUGUCAAAGCAAAGAAAUUCGAAGUUCUUAAGAGCGAAACUCUACCAUUCUACUUGGAAAAAUUGGAAAGCAUUGCCAAAGAAAACAAUGGUUACUUGGCUCUCGGCAAGUUGACUUGGGCCGAUCUUUACUUCGUUGGACUGUUGGAUUACUUGAAUUUUAUGAUUGGUUUUGAUUUAACCACCGACCGUCCAAACCUGAAAAAAGUCGUCGACAAUGUUACCGCCAUCGAAUCAAUCAAGGCUUGGAUCGCCAAACGACCAGAAACCGAAUGUUAAAAACAUUUAUUUCUCUCACUUUCAUAAUCACAUUCUUAACUGUAAAACCAAAAUGGAAACUGUUAAACAAACAUUGUAUGUGUUUUUGAGAAUAAAAGUUUAAAAAUAUUUUACACAAUACA